AUGUCCCCAUCUGGCUUGACCACCGGCGACGUCUCAUCGGCCCAAAGGGUGUUUGUUCUAAAGCCCCCUGGCGAUAGACUUGUGCGUGCUAACGCUGCGAACCCGGAUUCCUCUUUCGAUGAUAAAUCCAUUGGGGACGGCGAGAAGAUGCCUCGCACUUUUAGAUCCGGAAUACCAAGUCCGCAAAUCCAGCCGCAAUUUCGCCCCGAUGACUAUAAUCUUGGAACUAGACUAGCCUACAGGCUGGAGGAGCUUGGAGUCACGGACUACUUUGCAGUUCCAGGUGACUUUAAUCUGAGCCUGCUCGAUGAACUGCUCAAAAACAAAUCACUGCGCAUGGUAGGGUGCUGCAACGAGCUAAACGCUGGCUACGCGGCCGAUGGAUACGCUCGAUCCUCGCCAGGCAGAGUGGCCGUCAUUGUAGUGACGUUCAUGGUGGGAGGGCUCUCGCUGAUCAACGCUAUCGCGGGUGCCUACUCAGAAGGCCUGAGGGUAGUGGUAAUAUCCGGUUGCCCACCGCAGAUGAAGCUCGAUCCGGAUCAAAUGAUCCAUCAUACCCUGGGGACAGCUGAGAAAGACCAGUCCGUGCAGAUGUUCAAAGAGGUCACGGCUGCUUCUGUACGCCUCACCGGCCACAAUCCUGCGCAAGCACUUGACGAUGCCAUUGAGCGCUGUGUGGAUACAUCGCGUCCAGUAUACAUUGAGAUCCCUGACGAUCUUGCACAGCUGCCCUGUGAUGCUCCAAGUUCGCUUUCGCUCCACCCACCGACACUGUGUAAGACGCCACAUACUGCGUCCAUUAUCGACUCCAUCAUUGGUGUCUGGCAAGCAGCAAAAAAGCCGAUUUUGCUGUUCGGGCCUAACGUCCGCCAAACCGUUGCCCCUGACAAGUUGGUGGCUCUCAUUGACAAACUAGGCUGUCCAGCGUGCGUUCAACCAGACGGCAAGUCCCUUGUCCCUGAAGACCACCCGCAAGUCUUGGGGACAUUCUGGUGCACAGCGAGUGAGCCCGCAUGCGAGCAAGCGGUGCUGAACUCAGAUCUGUGGUUUACGGUCGGAGGCCGUUGGACGGACUUGCACACGUUUGGGGCUAUCGACCUGCGGAAGGAAUCUCACCGUAUCCUCGACCUGCAGGACGGGGUAGUUACAAUGCCGAACGGUGGGAGUUUUAAGGGCGUCCCGUUGAAUUCCUUGAUAGAGGAUCUCGUGGAGUCCGACAUACCCAGCAAGGAUACCCCUAGACCCUGUAUAACGGCUGUGCCGGCGACUUUGAACGGCUCAGAUGACGAGAACUCGCCGCUUUCUCUACCCAUCAUCCUCCGUGGCAUCCAGACUAAAGUAAACUCGAACUCUACAAUCAUCGCCGAUACAGGCGAUAGCUGGUUCAAUGCGCAGCUGAUCAAACUACCGCGCGGCGCAGAUUUCCAGAUGCAAAUGGUUUACUGUUCCAUCGGAUGGAGCCUACCGGCAACUCUGGGGUAUCACGUCGGCCGGCCAGACAAACGCAUCAUCCUCAUGAUUGGAGAUGGGAGCUUCCAGAUGACCGGGCAGGAGUUGAGCACCAUGAUUCGCCUACGAGCGAAUCCUAUCAUCUUUAUCUUUAACAACUUGGGGUACGCGGUGGAGACUGCGAUCCACGACGGACCGUACAAUUACUACAGCAACUGGAAUUAUGCAUUGUUCGCAAACAGCCUCUGCAAUACGUUCCAUUCUGUUCCUGCGGACAACCCGCAUUUCGAUAAUGAGAUGGUGGAAAGCUGCUCCAACCCGCGGAUGUUCUCUGCUCAGAUAAAGACGACGACCGAUUUGUUGAUGGCCUUGGCUCGUGCAGAACGGGAACCCGAAAAGCUUGCACUUCUAGAGUGUUGUAUCAAGCCCCACGACAUCAGUCCGGCGAUGCGUCGCUUUGGGAAGGGGUUCGGUGAGGGGAGGAAGGAUAAGGGGACGAACGGCGAGGUAUAA